AGGGCAUGAUGUGCAAUAUAAGAGGGCGGGCUGCUAUGGACCAACAUUUUUCCUUCUAGGACAUCUUUUGAAGGACUGGAUGUGAUCAGUGAACAACACAUCAAGAACAGCAGCAACAGCAGAAAGAACAGCAGCAGGAACAACAGCAACCAUGAAGUUUCACGCUCUUGUCUUCAUUUUGCUCUUCGCCUGCAUGUACCUGAGUCUCGCACAAGGCUCGUACGGGAACUGCUGCCUCGGCUAUGUCAAAGACAUUAGAAAGAAGGCAAACAUCGUCAGUUACGCCAAGCAGGAAUCAGAUGGUGAUUGCAACAUCAGAGCAAUUUUGUUUACGAUGAAGAGAAGGCCAAAACCUGUGUGUGCCAACCCAGCUGACGAUUGGGUCCAGAAGGAGAUGGGAAAGCUGGAUGCAAAAAAGAAGCAAUAGGCCACCAAAAGGAGCAAAAACAGAAGGAAAGAGAGAACAGCGGUCUCUUCAGGCCCCUGUCAGGCAUCGUAUAUCAUCUUUAACAAGAUGGAUUGUGUUUCAGUAGAUUAGGCAUUUCCUGUUGCUGAUGGUGAAUCAUGUACACAGUUCUCUGAUACAGAAACAAACUGUAUUCUUAAAGUUAUAUCCAGUAUAACGAAAAGUCAUUUAUAUGAACCAUCUAUGAUAGUGUUCCCUUCUCUGUGAUGUGUAGCGCCUGCUAGGAAUGAGCCUCUCUUUGGCAGCUUUGAAAUGUGAAUAAAUGUAUUUUGUAUGUGAGAAAAGAACGUGUGUAAAAAAAACACUUUAAGACUAAGCUGAGUUUGUUUUGUUUUUAUAUAUACGUUUAUAUCUACGACAGAGUUCCUAAUUUUUGUAUCAGCGCUCUAAUUGUACUUUGUGUUUUUCUAUUGCAAAUAAAGUCCAAAUGCAAACAAAAA